ACUGUGCGCGGUAAUUCAUUCUGCCCUUCUCUUCGCUCGGAGUAGUCGAACAAAGCGGUCUAACAGCUAAACAUGGCAGGUUAUCUUAAGGUCCUCAGUUCUCUUACCAGGUCUGCUGCUGUUUUAUCUAAAAGCCCAGCGGUCCUUGCUACUCACGCUUGCCAGACGCUACAGCAGAGGAACUAUGCUGACAAGCGCAUCAAGGUGGCCCAGCCAGUAGUGGAGAUGGAUGGAGAUGAGAUGACUAGGAUAAUUUGGGAAUUCAUCAAAGAAAAGCUCAUCUUGUCUAAUGUUGAUGUGGAGCUGAAAUACUAUGACUUGGGCCUUCCCUACCGUGAUCAGACCGAUGACCAGGUCACCAUUGACUCUGCAUUAGCAACUAAGAAGUACAAUGUUGCCGUCAAGUGUGCAACUAUCACUCCUGAUGAGGCCAGAGUUGAAGAGUUCAAGUUGAAGAAAAUGUGGAAAAGUCCCAAUGGAACAAUCAGAAACAUCUUGGGCGGCACAGUUUUUCGUGAACCCAUCAUCUGCCAGAACAUUCCUAGACUUGUUCCUGGUUGGACUCAGCCUAUUACAAUUGGCAGACACGCCUUUGGUGACCAGUACAGAGCUACGGACUUUGUUGUGAAUACACCAGGCAAAUUUGUGAUCAAGUUCACUCCAGCUGAUGGAAGUAAAGGUCAGGAGUGGGAAGUGUUCGAUUUUCCUGGUGGUGGCUGUGGAAUGGGCAUGUACAAUACUGAUGAGUCCAUCACUGGCUUUGCUCACAGCUGCUUUCAGUAUGCAAUCCAGAAAAAAUGGCCACUCUACAUGAGCACCAAGAAUACGAUCUUGAAAGCGUAUGAUGGCCGCUUCAAGGACAUCUUCCAGGACAUCUUUGAAAAGAAUUAUAAGCCCGAGUUUGACAAGCUGAAGAUCUGGUAUGAGCACAGGCUUAUUGAUGACAUGGUGGCGCAGGUGUUAAAGUCCACUGGUGCUUUUGUUUGGGCUUGCAAGAACUAUGAUGGAGAUGUCCAGUCAGACAUUUUGGCACAAGGCUUUGGCUCCCUGGGAUUGAUGACCUCUGUUCUCGUCUGUCCUGACGGAAAGACCAUUGAGGCCGAAGCUGCCCAUGGCACAGUCACUAGGCAUUACCGUGAGCAUCAGAAGGGAAGACCAACCAGCACCAAUCCUAUCGCGAGCAUUUUUGCCUGGACCAGAGGACUGGAACACAGAGGCAAGCUUGAUGGAAACCCAGAUUUGAUCAAGUUUUCUCAGACUCUGGAACGAGUGUGUGUGGACACUGUGGAGAGUGGGGUCAUGACAAAGGAUCUCGCUGGCUGCAUUCAUGGACUCGCUAAUGUCAAGCUUAAUGAGCAUUAUGUCAACACGACUGACUUCCUAGAUGCAAUCAAGACCAACCUGGACAAAGCCCUGGGUAAAUGAAGAGGGAAGACACUGAAGCACAUCUUUCCUUUUUGUACCUCAUUUAACUUAAAUGUAAUUGUAACAAAAAUCAUUGCUGAAGGGAAAAGUUUUUGGCAGCAGUGCUGUUGGCUAGUGUUAACUAAACUGUAGAUGUCCACUCCAUUUCCCAAAUGUUCUUAUUACCACAAGGUUUUAGUUUUGUAAUAUGAAUUACUGUAAGCAGUACUGUAUUAAACCUGGAAACAGAGGUAAAAGGUCAUUUUGGAAACAAUAAA